CAUUUAUUUCUCUUUCCCCAAUCCUUGAUUGUUGAGUCUUCCUUUCUUCUUUGAUUGGCGUAGAGCUUGGUAUAUUGAUUAUACCAAAGUGGGUAGCUGCAAUAAAGUGAUUGAUUAACCCAAACACAAAACAAACAGAUUUGACUCAAAAACGGAAAAUGAAUUCAAACAACUGGCUUGGCUUUCCCCUUCCACCAAACCAGUCUUCUUUGCCUCCUCACGAAUACAACCUUGGCCUGGUCAGCGACCAUAUGGACAACCCUUUCCAUACACAAGAGUGGAAUAUGAUCAAUCCACACGGCGGAGGAGAAGGAGGAGAGGUUCCCAAGGUGGCUGAUUUUCUCGGUGUGAGCAAACCAGACGAAAACCAAACCGACCACCUCGUAGCUUACAACGACUCAGACUACUACUUCCAUACCAACAGCUUGAUGCCUAGCGUCCAAUCAAACGACGUCGUCGUAGCUUGUGACUCUAACACUCCUAACAAUAGCUAUGAGCUUCAAGAGAGUGCUCACAAUCUACAGUCAUUGACUUUGUCCAUGGGGACCACCGGUGGUAAUAGCGCCGCAGCCAAAGCUUCGCCGUCGGAGGCCACCGGCGAUAACACUAGCGGUGGUGCACUAGCCGUUGUUGAGACGGCCACGCCUAGACGUGCUUUGGACACUUUCGGACAACGAACCUCGAUCUAUCGUGGUGUCACAAGGCAUCGAUGGACCGGUCGAUAUGAAGCUCACCUGUGGGAUAAUAGUUGUAGAAGAGAAGGCCAGUCUAGGAAAGGAAGACAAGUUUACUUGGGUGGGUAUGACAAAGAAGAUAAAGCAGCGAGAUCAUAUGAUCUAGCCGCACUUAAGUACUGGGGUCCCUCGACUACUACUAAUUUCCCGAUAACUAACUACGAGAAAGAAGUAGAGGAAAUGAAGCACAUGACGAGACAAGAGUUCGUGGCGGCUAUUAGAAGGAAAAGUAGUGGAUUCUCACGAGGCGCUUCGAUGUAUCGAGGAGUUACAAGGCAUCACCAACAUGGAAGAUGGCAAGCAAGGAUCGGCCGAGUCGCCGGAAACAAAGACCUCUACUUGGGAACUUUUAGCACUGAGGAAGAAGCAGCAGAAGCUUAUGAUAUAGCCGCGAUAAAGUUCAGAGGACUCAACGCAGUGACCAACUUCGAGAUCAACCGGUACGACGUGAAAGCUAUCCUAGAGAGCAGCACUCUUCCCAUAGGAGGAGGCGCGGCUAAGCGGCUCAAAGAAGCUCAGGCUCUUGAGUCUUCAAGGAAACGCGAGGCGGAGAUGAUAGCCCUUGGUUCAAGUUUCCAAUAUGGUGGUGGCUCGAGCUCAGGAGGCUCUGGCUCCAGCUCAUCAAGGCUUCAGCUUCAACCUUACCCUCUAAGCAUUCAACAACCAUUGGAGCCUUUUCUAUCUCUACAGAACAAUGACAUCUCUCACUAUAAUACCAAUGCUCAUGAUGCUUCCUCCUUUAAUCACCAUAGCUAUAUCCAGACGCAGCUUCAUCUUCACCAACAAACCAACAAUUACUUGCAGCAACAAUCGAGUCAGAACUCGCAGCAGCUCUAUAACGCUUAUCUUCAAAGCAAUCCGGCUUUGCUUCAUGGUCUUGUCUCUACCUCAAUCGUUGACAAUAACAAUGGAGUAUCUAACGGUAGCUACAACGCUGCAGCGUUUCUUGUGAACCACGGCAUUGGUAUUGGGUCGAGCUCCACCGUUGGAUCUACCGAGGAGUUUCAAACUGUUAAAACAGACUACGAUAUGCCUCCGAGUGAUGGCACAGGAGAGUACGGUGGUUGGACUGGUGAGCCUGUUCAGGGGUCGAAUCCUGGUGGUGUUUUCACUAUGUGGAAUGAGUGAAAAUGGAUCUGUUUCUUGCGGCACAAGGAAAUAGGUCUGUAUUAGUAACUAUUUUAUCGUUAUUCUGUUUUUAUUUCCUAGUCUUGGAAGUUAUAUUAGAAGGGACUUUUGGUAGAAGAAUUUAGGUAACGCAACUGGUUCAUUUAAAAUUUA